GAUCCUCCUUGUGUUCACAAACAACAUUCAUCCCUUCAUCUCCCUCUCUCUCUCUCUCUCUCUCUCUCUCUCACACACACACACACACACACAAUGAGUUCAAACCUAGCUAGAAAGAAAUAGGCCACCACCCACUUUUCUUGCUCUUCUUUCUUCCCACAUACAAUUUUAACACUGUGCCUCGAUCCUAGAUGAGCUUCAACAUAUAUUUGUGAUAAUUAGAAAGUUGAUUGAAUAGAUUUGUUAUUGUUAUAAGACACGUACACAUAUAUACAUAUAUACACGUAAAUGAUGGUGUCUCCCUCAGAACUAAGCCUGGAUUACAAACCACAUAGCUAUCCUAUGCUGCCAAAAUCUUUUGGAGAGCAGACUGAUCAGACUCAAAAGCUUGAAGAGUUCGUUGCUCGUCUCGAGGAAGAACGCCUCAAGAUCGAUGCUUUCAAGCGAGAGCUUCCCCUCUGCAUGCAACUUCUCACCAAUGCCAUGGAGGCUUCAAGACAGCAGCUACAAAGCAACCGGGCAAAUCAAGGGCCAAGACCGGUGCUCGAAGAAUUCAUACCCCUUAAACAUUCAAGCUCAGAAGGCUCAGAGAAGGCAACAAACAUGUCGGACAAGGCAGAUUGGAUGACAUCUGCACAACUCUGGAGCCAAGCAAGUCAUGAGGAAAUUAGCAAGCCACCACAAAACACCAUAAUAUCCCCUAAAACUGAAAUCUGCUUUGGUGUCAGUGCUAAGCUAUCCUUAGAUGACAAACAAAGGAGCGGAGGUGCUUUUCAUCCAUUCUCCAAAGAAAGAAACUCAUGUCAUAGUCCAAUGGCUCUUCCUGAUUUGGCUCUGGCGUCUGUCAACAAAGAAAUAUUGGAGGACAAGAAAUUAUCUGAAGCCGAAACCGGAAUAUCUUACUCCAGGAUUGACAUUUCUUGUAAUGGUGGCAAUAUUGUAACUGCCGGGAUCCACCAAGAUAAAGGAGCCGAGACUGCGGCAGAAGGUGAAACAGCAACCACCACCAACAGUACCAAUACUACUCAAACUCAUAGGAAGGCUAGGAGGUGUUGGUCCCCGGAGUUGCACCGACGAUUUGUUAAUGCUCUUCAGAUGUUAGGUGGUUCUCAAGUGGCCACACCAAAACAAAUCAGGGAACUGAUGAAGGUUGACGGUUUGACCAAUGAUGAAGUUAAAAGCCAUCUCCAGAAAUAUAGACUGCACACCAGACGACCAAGUCCAAGCCCACAAGCUGCAGGAACACAACCGCCCCGGGUGGUGGUCUUAGGGGGCAUAUGGGUCCCACAAGAUUACUCCACCGCAGCGGCGCACGGUGGUGCACCCACCCUCUACGGCGCACACCCAACUGCCCAUGCCUCCCCACUCUACUGUGCGCCACAGGCGCCCCAAGAAUAUUAUCCUACGCCACCACAGCCCCACCACCAGUUGCACCACCAUCACGCGCUCCACCACCAGCUCCAAGUGUACAAGGCAACCUCACCUACCCAUAGCAUGCCAGAAUCUGACGGAAGGGGCGCCGGUGACAGGUCCGAGAGCAUUGAAGACGGCAGGUCCACGAGUGGAAGCUGGAAGGGUGACAGCUGUGGCAACAAUGGUGGUGGAGAGAGAAGAAUGCUGGCGAUGAGAGAGGAAGGUGAUCAAGAGGGCAAUGGAAGUCUCAAGUUCUAACUUAACUUUUACUGUAACUAGGGUUAGGGGUAGGGUUAAUUUGUAUUGUUAAAUGUGUUUGUUGUUCUCUAUGUUUAAUGAUGGACAGUAGAGAGGGUAAAAAGGUCAUAAGGAAAAAGUGAAGGUUUGUUUUGUUAUCCAUUCCAUUGUAUCACGUCUUAUUUGAUGAAAAUUGAAGAUUGGAUUAUAUGGUUCUCGGCGUUUUCUGUUA